GCUCUCUCUUUCUCUCUCUUCGCAAGACUUCUCUUCGUGUUUUCGUUCCUUUGUUUCACCAUUUUCUUCAAUCGCGUUCAUCCGCUGGCGAAGGACGCUGCAUCUCAUGAAGAAAAGGCGGACCUUGAUAUAAUCUAAGUUCCAGUUGGAUUACAUGUCACAGACAUUUGGCCUGUAAUUCAAAAUAACGAAUUAACUCUUAGGAAGACGUGCAUUCUACUCCUCACUAACUGUUUCAUAAAUGGAUCUCAUUGAAAUGAACUACAAUGAUGAGGUACUGAACCAAGAGCAAGGGUGUAGCCCAGAGUCAAAUGCUGAUCAUUUGCUUUCUCUGGAAUCACCUGGGGAAGAAGAUAUCUAUGAACAAGAACCAAUAGUACUUCCUCGUUUGGGAGAUGCAUACCAAGCUGAAAUUCCACCUUUGAUGUCAGAAUCAGAACGUCUUCAGUUAAGUUGUAAACCAGUCGACAUUAAUAGCGCUAUUGCUGCUGAUUAUUCAGUUGGAAUGGGGCUUGACUUUCCAGUUAUGUGGUCAUACUGUUCAGAUGAGCAAAUUAAACAUGAGCAGCAGGAAAUUCCAGGCACUGCUACUUCUGCUGCCAUUCCUGUUUCAGUGGAUUAUACAGGCUAUGGAGAGGACUUAAUUUGUCCUGAAGCCAAUAAAAUGGCUGGAUUUCUACCAGUGGAAUUUAAUAGUCAUGUCUCGCUCCCUCAAGGAACCACAUCAGAACUCCCUGAAGGCGCAUCAGUAUUGAAUAAAGAAUCAGAUAGAUGCCUGAGACAAGAGAGUGCUACCACACUGGGCCACAUUGACAUGAGUGCCCCUUUGCAGCAGCCAGGGAAAGGCAAGUGUUGUACUGCACUGCCGGUCACGCCUUCAGUCUCUUGGAUUUCUGCUGAAUCCCAGAGUUUUCUCCUUGGCCUUUAUAUAUUUGGGAAAAAUCUCGCUCAGAUAAGUAAAUUUAUGGGGACCAAAGGCAUGGGGGAUAUAUUAUCGUACUAUUAUGGAAAAUUUUACAAGUCUGAUGCACAUCGUAGAUGGACAGAAGGCAGAAAGAUAAGAAGCAGGAGGUGCAUACAUGGAGCCCGCAUACUUACAGGUUGGAGGCAACAAGAGUUAUUAUCACGCUUGCUUCCUAGCGUGAAGGAUGCCCAAGAUAAUUUGUUGGAGGCAAUUAAGGCCUUCAAUGAAGGGAGAGCAUCUUUGGAGGAAUUUGUUUUGUCAUUGAAAACCAUGGUCAGUAUGGAAGUGCUAGUACAAGCUGUUGGAAUCGGUCAGGGGAAGCGUGAUCUUACCCGUGUUGUAUUGGAUCCAACCAAAACAAAUCAAACUGCAUCUACCCGCUCUGAUUUACCCACUGGAAAGGCAUGCUCCUCUCUUACUACUGAAGACAUUGUCAAGUUUCUGACAGGAAAUUUCAGGUUAAGCAAAGCUAGGUCUAACGAUCUCUUCUGGGAAGCUGUCUGGCCUCGCUUGCUUGCAAGAGGAUGGCACUCCGAACAACCCAAAGAUAUUGCUUCUGGUGGUUCAAAGAAUAUUCUGGUCUUUCUUAUUCCUGGGAUAAAGAAAUUCUCAAGGCGAAAGCUCGUCAAAGGCAAUCAGUAUUUUGACUCAGUUACUGAUGUACUGAACAAAGUGGCGUCGGAUCCAAGUCUUAUUGAAUUAGAGGUUGAAGGAAACAAUGCAAGUGGUAACACGAAGGAUGAAGAUGGAUGGGAUGCGGAUGCCCAAAUGAAGCAAAAUAGUUCAUCUGACCAUCAGCGGCAUUGCUAUCUCCGGCCAAAAGUUUCUCACACUUCAGAAGUAAUGAAAUUUACCAUCGUGGAUACAAGUUUGGAUCCAGGAAUAGGACCUAAGAAAGUGAGGGAAUUGAGGAGCUUGCCUGUGGAUGCCCGUCAAAUCCAUCCUCCACCGAUUUGUUCAGCAGAGACAGAUAGUGAUAGCUCAUCAUCAGAUCAGUCUGAAUCAGAUCAGUUACCAGUGAAUGAUGAAGAGGAGUCUAAUCCAGGUUUAUCUGAAACCUCAAAAAUGGGGAAUAAGAGAAUUUCUCCAUUUACUACCAGCCAGUUUCAAUCAGAUGUUUCUGAUCAUAUGUCUGCUGUUCCAAAGCAAAGAAUGGCUAUGAAUGGGCAUGAUUCUAAUGGCCGGUUAGAUGGAUUCUUUGAUGUGAAACAACCAUUUAAGGUAAUGAAGAGCCAAUCAAACUGGCCUCAUGACUACUUUGCUCCUGCAGUAAAAAGGCGGAGAUUGACUGCUUGUAAGCAAUUAGAAAGUAAGCAUCAUUCUUCAUCUUUUCCGCAAGGCUAUCAGCUGAAAAAAGAGGAGAUGGGUUAUGAGUCGAAGCCACUUAGACCAAGUGAAAGUAUCACUGGAGCGGGGGUUGGCCCAUCUAGGAUAACUUCCUAUUACUCUUUUCAAAGAGGUCAUCAUGUGAAGAAAGAGGAGACAUCUUCUGAGUUGAAAUCACUUGAGAGAAGUGAAUCGAUGAGUAGUGUAGCCGCUGACCCAUCAAGAAGGAAGUUCUCUAUUUCUUUGCCUGAAAAGAGCGCAGCUUACCAUUCCAGUGGAACCUUUUUCAGUAAUACUUUUAUCAGCAAGACAGUUCCACAUCUGGAAAAGCCUCAGCCACAAACUUUGAUCGACCUCAAUGUCCCAUAUCUUCCACCAGACAUAAAAGUAGAAGAACAGCAUCAUUUGUACCCUGUUCAAUCUUCAUCCACAUCAGAAACAAAGCAGCAACUUGAAGGUCCACAGGCAUCUACUGACACAUCAAAUGAUUUGCCUGGAAUGCAACCUUCAACAGUGAGUGGUCGGAGGCACAGCACCAGAAGCCGCCCUCUAACCACAAAAGCUCUGGAGGCUCUGGCUUCUGGUUACCUCAGCAGCAGUAUCCGAAAGGUAAGAGGUGGCAAUCCAUCCAGGUCAUCCCGUCGGGCACGUAGGAAUGUUGGAACGCCAGUUUCAGGCCCAGCUCCAGUUCCAGCUCCAGCUUCAGCUCCAGCUCCCACUGAUUCAGGUUUCGGCAGCUCCGGACUUGUUUCAGAUGUUGAAAUGAAAGACAAGUACAAGGUUUACACAAACCUCCCAAGCAUCUACGGUGAGUGUCCCAAUCAGGCCAAGGGGAAAGCAGAUCAGGACACGCUUGGAGCAUUCAGUGGUUUUCACUGAGGAGGAUUCAACUGUGAGUUCUGCCCUUGACAAUAAUCUGGCUCCUCAAACUGGUGAGUGAAUAUCAGUUUUUUACCUUCCAAAAUUUGCUGACAAUCCAAAUUUAUACAUAGUAUCGAAUCUGAGAACUCGAGAGCAUGAGUUCGAGUUUGUGGCCCAAGAAAGCUUGGAUUAUGUCAAGCAGAUAUCACCACAAAUUCGUAUUUUCUUUAGCAUUCUCGGCGAUUGUCGUAGCUGCCGCUCUUGGUGAACAAGCAGUACAGUUUUUUUCAUUCUGAAAGUUUAAAAUUCUCGGUGAUUGUUCUAUUCAUUUGCUCUUCAUAAUCUUAUAACACCAGGAUUUCAGGAUACUGUAUGUGACAAUGAUUCUCAACCAUGAGAUGACCAGGUGAGCUGCAAUGUUUAUGAGGAACAAGGGUUUGAGGCUUCCUUACUAUUAAUUCUUCAUUCUUUGGUAUUUAGUUACUUGCUGCCGCCGCUGCUGUUUUAAACUUUUUAUAAUAUGACCAAGAAUUCAUUCUGAAAGUUUUUGUUUUUCUGAACUUUAUGUAACAUUUAGUCGCGAAAAGCUGUCGUCUUCAAGCACAUGCAUUCAGAAAUAAUGUUCAGUCUGAGCAUUCCAGUUCUGCUAAAAAAAAGUUAUUGUUGUGUGAUCAACAAAAUGUUGAUCUGGUUUCAGUUGCAGGUUUACUUUUCAAAUCAUGUCAAGUUUGUUAUUUGCUCAGCAACCAAAUGAUUGCCUUGUUCAUAUGUUUUUGCUGCUGCUGUUGUGUGUGUG